GCGGGGCGGGGGGGCCAAGCAGGAAGUGGCGGAGGGGAAGCGGCGCCGCUGAGGGGCCCGAGCGGGACCGGGAUCGGAACCGGGAUCGGGAAUUGGGAUCGGGAAUUGGGAUCGGGAACCGGCAUCGCCAACCGGCAGCGGCAGCCAGGACCGGCCGCGGGGAGCGCCCCGCAGCCCCCAGCCAUGGGGGACAUGAAGACCCCGGAUUUCGACGACCUCCUGGCCGCCUUCGACAUCCCCGACAUUGACGCCAACGAGGCCAUCCACUCGCACCACGAGGAGCCCGAGGCCCACGGCAAGCAGCUGCCGGGGGAGCCGGGCCCCGCCGGGGCGCCCGAGCCCGCGCUGCCCCACACCGACAUCUCGGCCGUCAGCGUCAUCGUCAAGAACACCGUGUGCCCCGAGCAGCUGGAGGGCAAGGACGGGCACGGGCUGGCGCCCCGGCUGCUGCAGAACGGCUUCGGGGCCCCCGAGGGGCCGCGCUCGCCCGGCGCCCGCCUCGGCGACGCCAACGGCGAGUGCUGGGCCAAGGAGAAGGGCGCCAAGGCUCUGGAUCUGUUCUCCCACUUCAGCCCCGACCCCCACGAGGACGGCGCCAACCUCAUCGACAGCCGCGAGGGCAAGGCCAAGGAGAAGGCGCUGGCCGUGCCCUCGCUGGCCGCGUCCCCCACGCCCUCCCUGGACUGCAAGGAGCCGCGGGGCGCGGAGGGGCUGGAGCCGGCCUUCCCCGCGCCCUUCCGCGCCGGCGACGCGGCCAGCCCGCCGCCCCGCGUCAAGAAGGAGGAGUCGGACCCGGAGGAGGGCGCGGGCAGGGGCUGCAGCCCCAAGGGGCUGGUGCUGGAUCACCUCAAGGCCGUCGGCGUCCGCUACCCGGGCCGGGACUCGGCCGCGGCGCCCUGGCCGGCGGCGGAGCCGGCAGUGCCGGACGGCGGCGGCGUGGCUGAGCUGAAGCGCUCGCCCGGCAGCCCCCGGGAGUCCUUCUCCUCGCCGGGAAUCCCCAUCCCGCCUUCCCCCAAGCAGCUCUCCCUGAAGGAGGAGCGGGAAAUGCUGGGCAAACCCCAGGGGAGCCCUCCCAGCGUGUCCAGCGCCGAGGAGGAGGAGGAGGAGGAGGAGGAAAACACCAACUCACCGUCCUCCAGCUCCUCGCGGCCGCUCAAGGUGCGCAUCAAAACCAUCAAAACCUCCUGCGGCAGCAUCACCAGGACGGUCACCAGGGUGUUCCUGGACUCGGAGCCGCCCUCCACCAAAACCCCCGGCGAGCAGAAUUGCCAGGAACCCUUGGAGUGCCCCGCCGGCCUCGCCACGGAGGCCAAGGAGAAGUCGGAGCUCUCCAGCCCUCUGAAGGGCACGGAAGGGCCCAAAAUCGUCAGCGUGCAGCUGGGCAACGGCACCAAGCUGAAGGGCACGGUGCUGCCCGUGGCCACCAUCCAGAGCGCCAGCAGCGCCAUGCUCAUCGCCGCCAGCGUGGCCCAGCAGAAGUCCGUGGUCCUGCCGGGGAAAGGCGGCAAAUCCGUGGCCAAGAACAUCCUGAACCUGGUGCCGCAGCCGCUGCCCAAGGGGGACGGCCGCGCCAACGGCGGCGCCAAGGCCAACGGCGGCGCGGCGGCGCCCAAGGCGGCGCCCGGCGUGGCCGGCACCGUCAUCUCGCGCAGCCAGUCCAGCCUGGUGGAGGCCUUCAACAAGAUCCUCAACGGCAAGAACCUGCUGCCCACCUACAAACCCAACCUGAGCCCCCCGGCCGAGUCCAGCCUGGCGCUGCCACCCUCGGGCUACCGCUGCCUGGAGUGCGGCGACGCCUUCGCGUUGGAGAAGAGCCUGGCGCGGCACUACGACCGGCGCAGCAUGCGCAUCGAGGUCACCUGCAACCACUGCACCAAGCGCCUGGUGUUCUUCAACAAGUGCAGCCUGCUGCUGCACGCCCGCGAGCACAAGGACAAGGGGCUGGUGAUGCAGUGCUCGCACCUGGUGAUGCGGCCCAUCGCGCUGGAGCAGAUGAUCGGCCAGCCCGACGUCACCCCGCUGGCCUCGCUGGCCCUGCCCGCCGGCAAGGUGGCCCAGGAGGGCGGGGGCGCGGCGCCGGAGCUGCCCGUGCUGCCGCUGGGCUCCGAGCAGAGCAGCUACAGCUGCUUCAGGUGCCUGGAGUGCAAGGAGCAGUGCAAGGACAAGGCCGGGCUGGCGGCGCACUUCCAGCAGCUCGGCGUGGCCACCAGCAGCAGCAGCACGGUGUGCUCGGCGUGCCCCAUGAUCCUGGCCAACCGCUGCAGCUUCAGCGCGCACCAGCGCAUGCACCGCAGCCGCCCGCCCCACGUGUGCCCCGAGUGCGGCGGCAACUUCCUGCUGGCCAACUUCGAGUCGCACCUCAAGGACUCCUGCCUGCACUUCUCCCGCAGGGUGGGCUACAGGUGUCCCAGCUGCUCCGUGGUGUUCGGCGGCGUCAAUUCCAUCAAGUCGCACAUCCAGAGCUCGCACUGCGAGGUGUUCCACAAGUGCCCCAUCUGCCCCAUGGCCUUCAAGUCGGCGCCCAGCGCGCACGCCCACGUCUACACGCAGCACCCCGGCUUCAGCAACCAGCAGGCCAAGAUGAUUUACAAGUGUGCCAUGUGCGACACGGUGUUCACGCACAAGCCGCUGCUGUCGUCGCAUUUCGACCAGCACCUGCUGCCGCAGCGCGUCAGCGUCUUCCGCUGCCCGCAGUGCCCGCUGCUCUUCGCCCAGAAGCGCACCAUGCUCGAGCACCUCAAGAACACCCACCAGCCCCAGAAGCCCAAGGAGGACGGCGCCAGGGGCUGCCCGGCGCUGCCGGCGCCCAAGGCGGAGCCGCCGGCGGCCGCGCGGGGCUCGGAGUCGUCGUCGAGCUCCUCGGAGGAGGACGAGGCGCCGAGCUCGCCCGAGCUGCGCCGGGCCCGGCGCGGGCGCCUGGCGCGCAAGGCGGGCGGCAAGGCCAAGGGCAGCGGCUGGACCUGCGGCCUCUGCCACUCCUGGUUCCCCGAGCGCGACGAGUACGUGGCGCACAUGAAGAGGGAGCACGGCAAGUCCGUGAAGAAGUUCCCGUGCCACCUGUGCGAGCGCUCCUUCUGCUCGGCGCCGAGCCUGCGCCGCCACGUCCGCGUCAACCACGAGGGCAUCAAGCGCGUCUACCCCUGCCGGUACUGCACGGAGGGGAAGAGAACCUUCAGCAGCCGCCUGAUCCUGGAGAAGCACAUCCAGGUGCGGCACGGGAUCAAAGUCACGGAUCCCGCCCGCAGCCAGGAGGUCGUCAUCGCCCGCGGCCCCUCCGGCCCUGCCCAGGCGCCCGGCCGCAAGCGGAAGCUCUCCUCGGACGAGUCGUGCAGCGAGGAGCCCGACAGCACCACGCCGCCCGCCAAGAGCCCCAAGGGCUGCGGGGCCAAGGCGCCGUUCCGCUGCCGCAAGUGCGGCUUCCAGGCGGGGAGCCGGGCCGAGUUCCAGGCGCACCUCCCGCAGCACCGCGCCGACGGCGGCUCCCUGCAGUGCCGCGAGUGCGGCCUCUGCUUCGCCUCGCUCGGCUCGCUCAGCCGCCACCGCUUCAUCUCCCACAAGAAGAAGAAGGGCGCCGAGCCCGAGGAGCCCGCGGGCGGCGCUUCCCGCGGGAACGACGCCGGCGGGAAUUCCGGCGGCGGCUCCGAGGGCAAACUGGAGUGCAAAGUCUGCGGGAGGGGCUUCGAGAGCCAGCUCAACCUCAAGACGCAUUUCCGGACCCACGGAAUGGCCUUCAUCCGAGCCCGGCAGGGCGCCGAGGAGAACUGAGCCUUCCUGGAAUUCCCGGGAUCCUGGGAUUCUGGGAUUGGCUUCAUCCGAGCCCGGCAGGGCGCCGAGGAGAACUGAGCUCUCCGGGAAUUCCUGGGAUUCUGGGAUUCUGGGAUUGGCUUCAUCCGAGCCCGGCAGGGCACUGAG